CUGUUUUGAAGAACUACAAUGCUAAAAAAAAAGACGGGUUCAGGUAAGCCACAAAAGUGAAAUUUUUCUCAAAGCACUAGAACCCUUCAGGUGUAGAUAGUACUACAGUGUUUUUUUUUUAUUCAAUGGGUAACCAUAACCUGAAUAAAUGAGGUGAAAAAUAAUUUAAUGUACAGUAUUCCAAUGAAACAAAAACUACAAAUUGCCCCGUAGAUUAAAAUGUUUGGAUUAUCAAAAAUCCGAGUUCCAUUGAAUCUAUCAUCACCAAGACUCCUUUCACUUCCCGCCAUGGAUUUGACGGUCGCUUCACUGAAUUUUGGACUACUUGUUGAAACUUGGUACAUUUAGUAUUUAGCAGUAAAUUUCUAGCUGCUUUCAAAGCUCGCGUGUGUUGUUUACAUUAUUAAUAUUUGCGGGUACUUACUGAACGGUUUAUUAGACCAGUACAAGAGACUCGCUACUUGCGCUGAUUAAUUACCUCUGCUCAAGCUAGGUGAGCUAACCUUGGCUAAAACCACAUUCGAGGAAAGUCCCUCAACGUUGUAACCUCACAACGUUCGGAAUGAAAGACUCAGAGGAUCAAGUUGUUGAAGAAAAUACUUCAUUUCAGGAUGAGGAGGAUUCAUUUUUCCAAGACAUUGACCUUCUACAAAAGCAUGGGAUAAAUAUGGCAGAUAUCAAAAAGCUGAAGUUAGUGGGCAUCUGCACAGUCAAGGGAAUCCAAAUGACGACUCGCAAAGCUUUGUGCAACAUUAAGGGCAUGUCAGAAGCAAAAGUGGAAAAAAUUAAGGAGGCUGCUGGGAAGAUGCUGGAUAUUGGUUUUCAGACUGCCUUUGAGUACAGUGCCAAGAGGAAGAAUGUUUUCCACAUCACCACAGGGAGUCAGGAGUUUGAUAAACUUUUAGGUGGAGGAAUGGAAAGUAUGGCAAUCACAGAAGCCUUUGGAGAGUUCCGCACUGGAAAAACACAGCUCUCCCACACACUCUGCGUCACUGCUCAGCUGCCAGGAGAAGGCGGCUACUCGGGCGGGAAGGUCAUCUUUAUUGACACUGAAAACACCUUUCGCCCGGACAGACUACGAGACAUAUCCGAGAGGUUUAAUGCGGACCACGAUGCCGUCCUUGACAAUGUCCUUUAUGCUCGGGCUUACACUAGUGAACAUCAGAUGGAGCUAUUGGACUUUGUGGCAGCCAAAUUCCAUGAAGAAGGAGGGGUCUUCAAGCUUCUUAUUAUCGACUCCAUCAUGGCGCUGUUCAGAGUGGACUUUUCGGGUCGAGGUGAGUUAGCAGAAAGGCAGCAGAAACUGGCCCAGAUGCUCUCCAGACUGCAGAAGAUCUCCGAAGAGUACAACGUGGCUGUUUUUAUAACCAACCAAAUGACCGCCGAUCCCGGCGCUGGGAUGACAUUCCAAGCUGACCCCAAGAAGCCCAUCGGGGGCCACAUCCUGGCCCACGCUUCCACCACAAGGUUGAGUUUGAGGAAAGGACGCGGCGAGAUGAGAAUUGCCAAAAUUUUUGACAGUCCAGACAUGCCUGAGAAUGAGGCCACUUUUGCCAUCACAGCUGGAGGAAUUACCGAUGCUAAAGAGUAAACGGCCAACAAAUACAUUGUGAGCACGGUUAGCCACGUUGUCUUGGCAAUUUAUUCAUUCAAUUUGGAUGAAUUCCAAAAUGUUUAAAAAUAAUAUAUUUCCAUAUUUAUUCCAUAUUAUACAUUUGCAUAAUAUAUAGAUUUCCAUAUUACAGUAAAAUUAGCCAUUACAUUUCAGUAAUUGAGCUACUUUAAGGAAUAUCUCAAAAUGCUGUUGCAUGUUCAAUAUUCCAUUUGAAUAGUUUAGUAUUGUCACAUUGUUCAUGAAAUAAUAAAGUACAAUAUUGAGUUAUGUGUAAAUGUCUUAUUGUUACUUUACAGGGUUUUUGUAAUUAACUACAUAUGACGUUUCAAGCGCAAGAAACAACACUCAUUUGCCUCCACAAAUACUGGUACUG